GUUUGACUGUGCCCAGCUGUACUCCACACACGCACACACACACACAGCCACACAACCCACACACACCUCUCACACACACUCACACACACACUCUCUCUCUCUCUGGGUCCAAAGUGCCUCGACAUGUUCGCCAACAAGAAGCUGAGAACGGAUGUCCAGAGGUCCACGAAUGUGGUGUACCAGGACCAUCACGUUAGCCGCAGUAAGAGGGGGCAGGUGGUGGGAACUAGAGAUGGAUUCAGGGGAUGCACCGUUUGGCUCACAGGUCUCUCAGGAGCUGGGAAGACCACAUUGGGUUUUGCGUUAGAGGAGCAUUUGGUGUCUCAUGGAAUCCCGUGCUACUCUCUGGAUGGGGAUAAUAUCCGGCAUGGCCUGAAUAAGAACCUGGGCUUCAGCUCGACCGACCGCGAGGAGAACAUCCGGCGCAUCGCAGAGGUGGCCAAACUGUUCGCUGACGCUGGACUCGUCUGCAUCACCAGCUUCAUCUCCCCUUUCACCAAGGAUCGCAAUGAGGCUCGGGUAGUCCAUGAGAGCUCUGGGCUGCCGUUUUUCGAGGUGUUUGUGAACGCUCCUCUGGAGGUUUGUGAACAGAGAGACGUGAAAGGGCUCUACAAGAAAGCACGAGCAGGAGAAAUCAAAGGCUUCACAGGGAUUGACUCUACAUACGAAAGCCCACCGUCCCCAGAGCUGGAGCUCAGAACUGGAGAGCUCUCAGUGAACGAGUGCAUCCUGAAGGUGGUGAACUUUCUCAAAGAACAGGGUAUCAUUCCUAAUGGAGUGUCUGAGGAGAUCACUGAACUGUUUGUGCCCAUGAACAAACUGAAGCUGGUAGAGUCUGACAUCAAAACCCUGCCCACCAUCACCAUCACAACGUUGGACCUACAGUGGGUGCAGGUGUUGGCUGAAGGUUGGGCGAGCCCCCUAACGGGUUUCAUGAGAGAGAGAGAGUACCUGCAAGUCCUCCAUUUCAACAACCUGCUGGACGGUCCUGCUAUUAACCUCUCCGUGCCCAUCGUCUUGCCCAUCACCACCGUGACCAAAGAGCGGCUGGCUGGCAGCGCGGCGGUGGCUCUGGAGUACCAGGGCAGGAGGGUGGCCGUCCUGAGGAAGCCAGAGUUCUACCAGCACUGUAAAGAAGAGCGCUGUGCCCGUCAGUGGGGCACCAGCUGCACCAAACACCCCUAUAUAAAGAUGGUGAUGGAGAGUGGUGAUUGGCUGGUGGGUGGAGACCUGGAGGUGCUGGAGCGAAUUAAAUGGAAUGACGGCCUGGAUCAGUACCGCCUCACACCAAGCGAGCUGAAACAGAAGUUUAAGGAGAUGAAAGCAGAUGCUGUAUUUGCAUUUCAGCUGAGGAACCCAGUGCACAAUGGCCACGCCCUGCUGAUGACAGACACUCGACGGAAACUGGAGGAGCGUGGGUACCGUAGGCCUGUGCUGCUGCUGCAUCCUUUAGGAGGCUGGACCAAAGAUGACGACGUUCCGCUGGACUGGAGGAUGAAGCAGCACGCUGCAGUUCUUGAAGAGGGGGUCCUGGACCCCAGUUCAACCAUCAUAGCAAUCUUCCCUUCACCCAUGAUGUAUGCUGGACCUACAGAGGUCCAGUGGCACUGCAGGGCAAGAAUGAUGGCUGGAGUGAAUUUCUACAUUGUGGGACGAGACCCUGCUGGAAUGCCACAUCCGGAGUCGGGAAAGGACCUGUACGAUCCAAGUCACGGUGCUAAAGUACUGUCCAUGGCUCCAGGACUGUCCUCUGUAGAGAUCAUCCCCUUCAGAGUGGCUGCGUACAACAAGAGCAAGAGGGCGAUGGACUUCUACGACAAGGAGAGACAUGCAGAGUUUGAGUUCAUCUCAGGGACGAAGAUGAGAAGUUUGGCUCGCAGUGGACAGAACCCUCCAGAUGGCUUCAUGGCCCCAAAAGCCUGGAAGAUCCUAACUGAGUACUAUAAAUCCAUACAGAAAGAGCAGUAAGAGCAGAGAGCGUCUGGAAUCUUCUGCUCUCUAUGAACCAGUCACAGAGGGAGGAGCAUCACAAUGCCUCAGGAUACAAACUGACUGGCCACAGUUUAGUAGAAGCAGAACUCGCGUUUAUUGAUUACGCAGUUAAUCAUUAUCUUAUCGCUCUGACCAGAUACUUCAUAUUCUCUUUAACAUUUAUCUUUUGAUCCAAUAUGAAGGAAAAUGCAAUGAAAUGCAUAUGAAAUAAGAACGUGAGCAACAGUAAUCAUGAAUUUUACAUGAAGCCUAAACCAAAGUGCCUUAAUAUCCAGAUUAAUAAUAUAUUUUAUUACAAACAGCCAAACUUGCACAUUCCAAAUAGUAACUAUAUCAGAGUUUUUAUUGAAUAUAUUUAUAGAUUUUACUAUGUGUCUCUGUUUGAUUUCAGUUUGACUGAGUCGAAGUGUCCUAAUCUAAAUAAUAGGGCUGCUCAUUGUUCUUUAUUUUUGUCAUAUUGUGCUUUUUAAUGUUGUUAUGCAAAUGAGCCAAUCACAAUGAGCCAUGUUCAUCAGAGAUGCCUUUAUUAUUAUGAAUGAAUUAUUAUUAUUAUUAUUACUAUUAUUAUUAUUAUUAUUAUUAUUACUAUUGAAGAAGAAGAAGAAGAAGAACAGAUGUUAGUUAUUUUGUAGUAGGCAGAGCUUUACAUUUAUUUUACACAGUCUUUAUUGUUUAUAUAUUUGCACUUCAUUAUUGAUAUUUAAAGUGAAAUAAAAAAUAAAAUAGAUUCUACAAUCUUA